AGGAAUUAGUGAAAUUUGUUAUAAGAAAUAAGAAAUAAAAUAUAGAGGAUUAUAGAGAGAGGACACUAGAAUAUUUUUUUUUUCAGAACUGCUGGCGGCGAUCUCCUCUCCUCUACAUCGUCAACCCUACCUUUCCUUCUGCGUUUCGCGUUCAGGUUUGAAUUCCGGAGGGAAAAGAAGAGAUUUUUAAUAGAGUAAUCAUGUUUGGUGUAGUAAGGCGAAGGGUUGCUUCUGGCAGCCCGUCUCCUUGGCUUCUAGGUCAGUCAGCUCAGAAAAUUCGGUCUGGCCUUUCUGCUUCUGCUAGAGUUUCUUCCACUGUUGAAAAAGAGAUUGCGUUUCAUUCAGGCGGAUGUGGAUUUGUAAGGAACUUUUGUAAUAUAACACCUGGAUGCGGGAUUAAUUCUAAAGCUAUGAGUGUGGUUUUUCAUCCAAGGUCAGCAGCUGUUCGAACCUGGGGGCGUCCAUUUUCUUCAGACAGUGGAGAUACGGUUGAUGUUGUGGUCCCUCCUCUAGCUGAAUCUAUCUCUGAUGGAACUCUGGCAAAUUUUUUGAAGAGGCCUGGUGACAGGGUUAAUGCUGAUGAGCCAAUUGCUCAAAUUGAAACAGAUAAGGUGACAAUUGAUGUUUCAAGUCCGGAGUCAGGUGUCAUUCUGAAGUUUCUAGCCAAUGAAGGAGAUACUGUUGAGCCAGGUAACAAGAUAGCAAUCAUUUCAAGGUCUGCUGACGCAACUCAUGUUGCUCCAUCUGAGACUACAUCUGAGAAAGCAGCUCCUCAGCCAACUCAAAAGGUUAGUGAGGAGAAGAAAGCUCCAAAAGUUGAAGCUCAACCUGCUAAAGAGAAGCCCAAACCACCCCCUGCUACAUUGAGUUCUCCCACUGAACCCCAACUUCCUCCCAAAGAAAGAGAAAGACGGGUUCCUAUGACAAGGCUUCGGAAACGAGUUGCUACACGGCUGAAAGAUUCCCAGAACACGUUUGCUAUGCUCACAACCUUCAAUGAAGUUGAUAUGACUAAUUUGAUGAAGCUCCGUUCUGAUUAUAAGGAUGCUUUUGUUGAGAAACACGGAGUCAAGUUGGGGCUUAUGUCGGGCUUUGUCAAAGCUGCUGUGAAUGCACUCCAACAUCAACCAAUUGUCAAUGCAGUCAUUGAUGGGGAUGAUAUUAUAUACAGAGAUUAUAUAGAUAUCAGCAUAGCUGUUGGUACCCCGAAGGGCCUUGUUGUUCCUGUUAUCCGCAAUGCAGAUACCUUGAACUUUGCCGAUAUAGAAAAGCAAAUCAAUGCUUUUGCUAAGAAGGCAAAUGAUGGAAGUUUAUCAAUUGAUGAGAUGGCUGGAGGCACUCUUACAAUAUCCAACGGUGGUGUUUAUGGAAGCCUUUUGAGUACUCCUAUUAUCAACCCCCCUCAGUCGGCAAUCUUGGGUAUGCAUUCCAUAGUGAGCCGUCCUACGGUUGUUGGAGGAAAUAUUGUCCCAAGACCAUUGAUGUACGUUGCUCUAACUUAUGACCAUAGAAUUAUUGAUGGAAGAGAGGCAGUGUUCUUUCUGCGGCGCAUCAAAGAUAUCGUGGAGGAUCCUCGCAGGCUUUUGCUUGACAUAUAAUUUGGAUGGAGUAAAUUAAACCUCAAAAUUCAAAUAGCAUAAUGGGUACCCAUUUGUUUGGCUUUUGAAUUGCGGCUGCCCGUAAUUUAUAAUCUCUAAUGAGCAAACUCUUUAGGAUCAUACUUUCCGUUCGAUAUUAUUCAGCAUGUUUGUGUUUUUUCUGCUCACUAUUCCUCUCAUUUAAUAUGAAGAGGGUCACAGUUUUUUGCUCCAAAAUUGUAUGAAAAAACCCUAAACCUGAAGUAAUAAUGCGAUUUCUUUUCCAUCGCA